AUGAAAAAGGAUAGAUUACCGGCUAUUACAUUCAGUUUAGCCCUAAGAAACGUGAUAAUGGAGACAGUAGAUGACUUCGAUACCAUUGACGUGGAAUUGGAUGAGUUUUUCAAACACAAACAAAGAAGUCGAUGCAAAGAUGAGUUCCUAAAUACUCUCACAGACGAAGCGCUUGACGAAUGCACCAUACCUGAGAUAAACCUAAAUGAUUUUGAAGGAAUGUCGGAAGAUGAAGAACAGCAGGAGAACCAGAGUGAUAAUGAGGGUGACGAUGAAGACAAAUUGCAGUUUCAAUACUCAACCCAUGAUCCGAAGGUGAAAUGGAACAAAAUGAAGCCAGUUCUUGGAGAGAGAGCAAAGUGUAGUGCAAUUUCUAUAAUAGAUGGAAAGUUGAGUGAUCACUAUGCAAAAGUUUGGGAUUAUGGACAUGAGCUGAUAAGGUACAAUCCAGGGAAUACAAUUCACAUAUUUGUCACUGUAAACCCUGAUAACACUACUACUUUCCAUAAAAUGUAUACAUGUUUUAAGGCUAUCAAAGAAGGAUGGAAAGUUGGUUGUCGAAGAGUUAUAGGGCUUGAUGGGAGUUUUUUGAAAGUACAAUGUAAAGGUGAGCUGCUAACUUCCAUAGGGAGGGAUGCAAAUGGAAAUUGA